AUGGUUGGAAAGAAGUCGGGCAAGGCCCUCCGGGAUGAGGGCCUGGAGCGGACCGACAAUAACAUGGAGUUAUCCAGCUGGCCGCAGAUUCCAGCAAUUAACCAGAAGAACUACUACACUGACUACCUGAAACGAGAUGACCAAAACCUCGCAUUCCGACUCCAAAACGAGGAAGCAAGGACAAAGAUGACCAAGAAAGCGAAGGACCACGAUCGUGCCCUCGCUAUGGCAAAGACCGAGACCGCAGAAGGCGAGGCUGAAGCAGAUGGCGACGCGCAGAUGGAGGAUGCGGAGGAGACCCCAGCUGAGAUGGCUGGCUCUAAAGUCAUUGUCAUUCACAUGGGCAGUCAGAACCUCCGGAUUGGACUUGCCAGUGACGCACUGCCGAAGACCUUGCCAAUGGUGAUUGCGAGGAAAGCAGCCACCAGCGAGUCAGAAGAUCAUGAUGAACCUAAGCCCAAGAGGUUUAAACACGAUGAUGGCUCUGAAAUGGAGCCCGAAAAAGCCUUCGGACCUGAAUGGUCGUCUCAUUUCAAUCGGAUGUCUGCGGAUUUGAAGGUUCAUAUGCGACAGAACAAGCGAAGAAUGCUUCCAAACUCCAAGGAGAUGGUCGUCAACUAUAACCGCAGGACAGUGCCAGAAAUUAUCUCGGAACACAAUGAUCCUAUGCGUGCCGAAUGGACCGAGCUCUCUAGUCCCCCACCAGAGUAUAUUGUUGGGCAGCCGGCCCUACGGGUACCGGAUUCUUCAAAACCUCGAUACAAGCUGUAUUGGCCAAUCCGGAAUGGUUGGUGCAAUGAGAAAGACUACACAAGCAAGAGGUCGCUCUUCCUGGAUAUUUCAUUGAUCGUGGAAGAUGCGAUCAAGAAUCAACUGCGCUUGACGAGCAAGAAGGACUGGACCCAGUAUUCGUGUGUGUUCGUCAUCCCAGAUCUUUACGACAAAUCCUAUGUCACCCAAGUCUUGGAUAUGUUGAUGCGAGAAUUUGCUUUCGCUCGGGUGUGUUUCAUCCAAGAGAGUCUGGCAGCCACCUUUGGUGCCGGCUUCACCUCGGCAUGCGUCGUCGAUAUUGGAGCACAGAAGACUUCAAUCUGCUGUGUGGAAGAAGGCAUGUGUAUUGAGAACUCCCGAGUGAACCUGAAGUAUGGUGGUCAAGACGUGACUGAAACGUUCGUCAAGAUGAUGCUGCACGAUCAUUUCCCCUAUGCCGACAUCAACCUACGGCGUAGACAUGACUUCCUUCUGGCCGAAGAGCUCAAGAAGAACAUCUGCACCAUGAACGAAGCCAGCGUUUCUCCACAAGUCUUUGACUUCCACCUCCGUGUGGCAGGCCAAGAUACACGAAAGUAUACUUUCAAGGCUUUUGACGAAGUUCACUUAGCGCCAAUGGGAGUUUUUGAGCCUGACAUUUUCGACAACUCUGACAAGAUUACCGGGAGACGGACCUUGAUCGAUCGUUCUGUUGACAUCUACGAUGGGUCACCUAAUGAUCCUACUUCUGCAGCCCAAUCAGAGAUCUUGACUGCCAUGGCCCCUGCCCUCCCCUCCCAUGGCAAGACAAAUGGCGAGUCUCACUCGGCGGCGCCCGAUGUUCAGGCCACACCAAGCCGCCCCCCAACACCCCAACGCUUUAAGCAAAGACCGGAGAAUACAGGGACGCCUCAAGCAGGAGGGACAAGCACACCCGCUGCCACGGCCGCUGCAGCCCAGGCUCCCCGUCCUCCUGCGGUCGAAGAUCGUGACGAUAUCAUGCCUGUGUUUGGUCUGGACAACGCUAUCCUGACCUCCAUUGCGCACGCGUCUCGCUCAGACGAGAAGAAGAUGCGGGAUUUCAUCGGCGGUAUCAUGGUCGUCGGUGGAGGCAGCUUGACUAGCGGGUUCCAUCUCUUCUUGGAAGAGCGGCUGCAGGCUCUCCGCCCUGGCUUCUCAAAGGAGAUCAUGAUCGGGACACCGCCCAGAGACCUCGAUCCCCAGGUUGUUGUGUGGAAGGGAGCUAGUAUUUUCGGCAAACUGACCGGUACAAACGACAGUUGGAUCGGAAGGCUGGAGUAUGAUCGACUUGGUCCCCGGCUGAUGGCGUACAAGUGCAUGUGGGCCUACUAA